CGCGGCGUUGGCGGCACCCACAAGCGCUUGGGCCAGGCCGCAGUCACACCAGUGCGCGCGUUGGCAUCACCGCCCGUACCCCGUCGACGACGCGACAGCCGUGCGCGCUCACACGACCACCGGCCCGGCCGCCCGCCAAACAUGUCAUACGGCAGCGACGGGCGCAGACGGACCGACAGUCUGUGCUGCAGAGGUCUGACGUGAAAAGAGCCGACACGCGUUCACACCGGCACGACGACCACGGAGGCGGCGGCGGUGGACGGGCGGCGGCGGAGGAGGCGGUGGCAGCGGCGCGGCAGCAGCGGCAACGGCAACGGCAGCGACAGCGGCUCCGGCACACGCACACCUGUACAGAUAACCUAUAACGCAGUCGAACGCGUAGUGCCGCAGUACUAGUCUCGAUCGCUUUUAAAACCGAAGUGGUCGCAACAGUAUAAUAUACCAUGGACGUUCCAGAUAAUCAAAUUCUAGGAAUGGAAAAAAAGCCAAAGCUGUGCUUUAAAAGCGUUCAGGACAUGAUACCAGCUCGGGCAGUAUUAUAUUUGAUGUCGUUCAGCGGAUUCUUGGUCAGUUUCAUGAUGCGUACUGACAUUAAUAUUGCUAUGGUAGCAAUGGCCAAGAUGAGAUUGCGACCGGAAAACUCGUCGAACGUCACACAGCUUUCCUGUUACGCGUCCAUUACGAAUGGCACUCAAACAGUCGAGGACCAAAAGCCUAUGGAAGAAGGUGAAUUCGACUGGGAUUCCACUGUCCAAUCGGCAAUCCUCGGUUCGUUCUAUUGGUGUUACAUACUGUCACAAGUGGUCGGCGGUGUUUUGACCCAACGUUUUGGCACGAAAACAGUAUUUGGAUUUUCGCAACUGACUACAGCGAUCGCCUCGUUGCUCAUACCUCAGGCGGCUUCAUUCCAUUUUUCAGCAGUCAUUGCAUUACGAUCACUACAAGGAAUGGCGUCAGGGCUUACUUGGCCUGCAAUGUAUGCACUUGUUGGUAUAUGGAUUCCAUCCAACGAACGAAGCAGGUUCAUGUCAUCAUUCCAAGGGUUUAGUUUCGGGAUCGGACUGACGUACAUGGUGUGCGGCUUCAUCAUUGGAAACUAUGGAUGGCGAGUAGUGUUUUACAUGAAUGGAUCAUUGGGUGUUGCCUGGUGCCUACUAUGGUGGUUAUUAGCUUUUGAUCUACCUCACAAGCAUCCAAGAAUCACUAGGCGCGAGCUGAACUACAUCAACGCUAACAUCGGAGAUAACAUCAUUAACACAAAAGAUCUAAAAGUCCCAUGGUGUUCAAUCAUGACUUCCAUUCCAGCAUGGUCCAUCGGUAUAACAACAUUUGGCCGAAUAUGGGUUCAUUAUACAUUCAUAAUAUAUGGUCCAUCUUACAUGAAGACGAUAUUAGGCUUCAGUAUACAAAAAAAUGGAUUCAUGAACGGAGCUCCAUUUUUGUGCAGUUAUCUUUCUUCUGUUGUGUUUUGUUAUGCAGCUGAUUUCAUUAUAGCUCGAAAUCUUAUGAGCUUAACUAAUGUCCGUAAAAUGUUUACAGCUAUAUCUCAAGUCUUUCCAGGCCUAUUAGUACUGACAAUCGGUUAUUUAGGUUGUCAAAUCACAUUAAUUUUAGUAAUUUGGUUUGUAGCAGUUACACUUAUCACUGCUUCAUAUGCUGGAGCAAUGGCAAAUGUAGUUGAUAUUGCACCAAAUUUUGCCGGACAUAUAUUAGCAUUUGCACAAACUAUACAUAUGUCUGCAAGUUUUCUGUCCCCCCUUGCUGCAGCCAUUAUGCUCCAAGACAAUCCAACAUUAGAGAGAUGGCGUAGAAUUUUUGCUGUUACUGCUUGUGUAUCUUGCGGAACAUACAUUAUGUACCAAUUUGGUGGUACAGCAAAAGAACAAGACUGGAACAACCCAAAUCGCAAAAACAAUUCAGGUUCUGUGAGAAUAUCACCAGAAAAUAAUCAGCUGAUUGUCAACAAUAAAACUGACCCGGAAAGAGGAGAUGGUUAGAAGUUCAUAUGGAACAUUCAAGGAAAAAAAUAAUGGCGUACUUAGGUCCCCCACAUAAAGGGGCAAAAUAAAAUUAUUUUUACAAACAAUUAAUGUGAUAUAUUAUAUAAUUUACAACAGAAGAGAAAAUUAGCGCCGAUUACACAAUCGGAUCUUCAAUAAAUCUCAUCAUUCCAAACAAGACAGUGUUCUAAACUUAAUAUUAUAUUUUAUUAUAAUUUUAAACAAAUUUUAA